UAUAUAUAUAUGUGUGUGUAUAUAUAUAUACACAAACAUAUACACAGACGCAUAUUCAUCAUACACCCACAUGUAAAUUCCAAAUGGCGAUUUACUCAGAAAGACAAAAACAAUUGAGCAUAUGUAUCUUCUUCCUUGCGUUCUCUCUGGCUUACGCCAGAACAAUAAAUCCAGACUUUAAAGUUAGAGCAGUGAAUCUAGGUGGUUGGCUUGUUGCAGAAGGGUGGAUUAAACCUUCACUCUUCGAUGGCAUCCCCAACAAGGACUUUCUGGAUGGAACAGGACUCCAAUUCAAAUCAGUUACGGUCAACAAGUACUUAUGCGCGGAGACUGGAGGAGGAACCAAUAUAGUUGCGAACAGAUCAUCUGCCUCUGGCUGGGAAACUUUUAGUUUGUGGAGGAUCAAUGAGAGAACCUUUAAUUUUAGGGUCUUCAACAAACAAUUCAUUGGGCUCGACACCAAAGGAAAUGGCGUUGACGUAGUAGCUGUUUCAAGCAAACCAGUAGCGUCCAAUAAUACAUUUGAGAUCGUGACAAACCCAGAUGAUACAAGACGGGUCCGAAUCAAAGCUCCCAAUGGAUUCUUCUUGCAGGUGAAAACAGAGAAUCUGGUGACAGCAGAUUAUGCAGGAAACAGUGGUGGCUGGGGAGAUGAUAACCCCUCAGUUUUUGUGAUCACCAGAACAGGGGGGCUUCACGGAGAAUUCCAACUCACUAAUGGCUAUGGGCCUAAUGCCCAACAUAUUCUGAAGGAUCACUGGACAACAUUCAUAGUGGAAGAUGAUUUCAAGUUCAUUUCACAAAACGGUAUAAAUGCUGUAAGAAUUCCUGUUGGGUGGUGGAUAGCAAGUGACCCAACACCACCAUGGCCGUAUGUUGGUGGUUCAUUACAAGCACUAGACAAUGCCUUCUUCUGGGCCAAUAAAUAUGGACUUCGAGUUAUAAUUGACCUUCACGCAGCACCAGGUUCUCAAAAUGGGUAUGAACAUAGCUCUUCCAGAGAUGGUUCUCUAGAAUGGGGUUUGACUGAUGAAAAUAUCCAACAAACGGUCAAUAUCAUAGAUUUCCUUACAGCCAGGUAUGCAAAAAGCCCAAGUCUUUAUGCAGUUGAGCUCAUAAACGAGCCUUCUUCACCAAGAGUGUCAUUAGAUAGUCUGACCAAGUACUACAGGGCCGGUUACAACGCAGUCCGGAAGCACUCCUCAAGUGCUUAUGUGAUCAUGUCAAACCGGCUCGGCCCGGCCGAUCCCAGAGAGCUAUUCCCCCUCGCCGGUGGCUUAAAGGAUUCAGUCAUCGAUGUCCAUUAUUACAACCUGUUCGAAGAUGUAUUUGACAGCAUGACUGUCCAGGAGAACAUUGAGUUCAUCUACAGAAAUCGGAGUGAGGCAUUGAACUAUGUCACCACAUCAAAUGGUCCUCGCACUUUUGUUGGUGAAUGGGUGGCUGAGUGGCGAGUCACAGGAGCAACAAAGGCAGAGUACCAGAGAUUUGCACAGGCCCAAUUAGAAGUCUUUGGACGUGCAAGUUUUGGAUGGGCUUAUUGGACUCUCAAGAAUGUAAACAACCAUUGGAGUUUGGAGUGGAUGAUCAAGAAUGGUUACAUCAAACUUUAGUUUCAAGUUUGAAGUCCCUCCUUUAAAAAUAAACUCUAGCUAAGGUCCUGAUUUCUUACCCAUUGUACCUCUUUUAUUAGUUGUAAAAGCAAACUUGCCUAAUAAAAAAAAGUCCCUCCUUUGUCUAUCAUUAA